UAGCUGGAGUUAGGGUUUACUGCAAAUCGCUACGCCACUCCUGAAAGCAUCCAGCAACUGCGGUAACAGAGAGGCUUGGACAAGAGAAAAGUGCUUCCGCUUAGCAGAUAGAAAUGUCGAAGAAGAAUAAUUUGUCUCUCCGAAGAAAACAACACGAAUUCGAUCUACAAAGAGAAAAACAAGAGAGGGAGAAGAAGGAGAAGAAGCUACAUGCUAAGAAAAACAAGAUGAAAGUGGAUACUAAGGGCAAGAAGAAGAGUUGCAGUAGAUUUCAAGUGGGGAAGAAGAAGUUGAAGACGAAAUUGAUACCAUUGGCAAAAGCCAAAGCUGCCCAAGCUAUGGAGGUUGACAAGUGAAGUUUUGGUAGAUCAUUUUUGUAGAGUAACAGUCAACUUAUUAUAUGGAUAGGCUGAAGUUUUCUUCUUUGCCAAUUGAGUUUAUCUUGUAACAUGAUCAUGCACUUUGUAAGCUUUUAUUCUAAACCAAUUGGUAUGGUAUACCUCCCAUUAUCUUCAAUUCACCCUGGUUGGAGUUACUUUA